CUUAUGCCGGACGUAUGCUGUUCUCGAAUUUACCUAUCUCGCGUAGAAAGGUAUGCAUGCUGGAAUGCGUUGGUCGAUGCCGACGAGUCUGGCUCCAACCCCUUGCGAGAGCUGCGGAAGUCUAAGCACCGAACACGCGUCCAUGAUCUCAGACAUGGUACGGGGUUAAUCGGCCUUCCCAAAGGAUUGAGGGUUUGGAGGCAUUCAAUUUCAGUCCAGGAUGAUGUCCAUAAUUGCUGAAUGGGACGAGAUCUUUUCGCCACCAGGAAUCAGCCGAUCCGCAUCAUCUUUGCAACCCGGCAAACUGCACGUGUUGUGCCCUUUUGGUACAAUUUGUCCAGUGCUGUACGAGUGGGACAAAUCCGUCACCGCCUGACGAUGUCGGAGAGCACUCGUAACCGGGCAAUCAGUCGUUCAGUGCCGUGCCUGGAGACGUCUAUCCUCCCGCCUACCCAGGACCCUCCAAAUCUGCACUACCCCACUUCAACAGGCUCCUCCAGCCAAACAGUCUCAACCUCCUCAAUCUCAGCUAAGUCCGCACAACCACCCCUUCCCAACGCACAAUUCACGGACCUCGUGCGACACCCCAAGAUCAGGCCAGUACCACCACUAGGUGACAAUGCCAGUCGUAACAGCCGAACAAAUCCGGGCGCGCAAAGCGACAGUCAACUACCGUUUCUGCGAUUUGGAGGAGCAGGUUACGGCGUGCGGGACUGCGUGAAUAAGCUGGGUGGUGGGGAUCCGGUGAGUAUGUCUGGUGUUUUGCGGGAUGGGCCGCCUGUGAGGAAGCUGGCGAAUGCGAAGAAUGAGAGACAUUGGCAUAAGGAUGUCUGGCCGUAGACAGCGUGCUCGU